AUUCCCAACAGAGUUGCAGACAAUUUAUAUUCUUGCUGCGGAUUCUGCUCCCAAAAGUAUCAAUGGCUGCUAUGGAGAAUCAUAUUGAAAAGAUUCUCUUCACAGAAAAGCAAAUUUCUCAACGAGUUUCCGAACUUGCUUCCCAAAUUACCCUCAAUUUUUCUCCAUCUACCAACAAUGGAGGAGGCCCUUUACUUUCUUCUUCUUCUUCAUCGGCUCCGGUUGUUGUCGGUGUUGCUACUGGUGCAUUUCUAUUCCUAGCUGACCUUGUUCGCAAAAUCAACCUUCCCAUUUCUGUUGAUUUUGUUCGGGUCGAAUCUUACGGGUCGGGUACUGUAUCCAGUGGCAAACCCAAGAUUUCUUGCGACUUGAAAAUUGAUGUUACUGGAAAGCAUGUCAUUUUGGUUGAGGACAUUGUGGAUACAGGAAACACGUUGGCCUGCCUCUUUGAACACUUGAACUCUAAAGGGGCAUCCUCCAUAUCAGUGUGUACUCUCCUUGAUAAACCAUCAAAGAGGAAGGUUAAUGUCGAACUUGUGGGAGAGGGCAAGUUCUACUAUGGUUUUGAGUGUCCAGAUUAUUUUGUGGUUGGCUAUGGGUUAGAUUUUGCUGAGGUUUAUAGGAACUUACCCUAUGUGGGGAUCUUGAAACCUGAGAUGUACAGUUGAUUGCUUUGGCGCAAAUAAUUAUUCCAUACAAGGAAAGCUCUUGAUUUUCUUGGAUACAAUCAACCUUUAGCUGAUCAAGGCAAAUGAUAGCAUUUUUUUUUUCUUUACCCUUCCCCCUGCUCCGCCCCCUCCCCCUCCCGCCCCCGCUGGUGGCAUGCUCCAGCUAUUAUUGUAAUAUACUUACAGCUGCAUAUUCAGCGCGUGGCUACUCUCAAACUCUUAAGAAGUGAACUGUU